CGUUACCCUACAAAUGCAACGAACAGCACAUAUCCGGAAGCAAACAAUGCUCCAACCAGCGUGCGAAAACUCACAUGGUAGCUAACGGGGAAAUGAGCAAACCCUUACAUUUUCAGAAAGUGCUUGAUGUGCGAGCAUACUGGGAAAUCUAGAGAAAAUGUCUGCAUCUAAAGUGAAGAUGAGGGAGAGGAAGAUGAGAAACCAGCCCGUCAGUGUACAGUACCCAUCCAACGACCCACGGAACGGAGGAGACACCCCCGUCACCGGUGGAGGUGGUGAUGAUGGUCCAUCUGACAUCCAUCCAUCCACAGAAAGGCCAAAGAACCCUCACCAACAACGGAGUGGAUGGGUCCGUGGACAUCCGAAAGAUGGAGGAGACUAUGACAAGGAGAUGCCUAAGUACAUCACCGCUGGAGCUUUUGCCAGGGCUAGGGCGGCAGAGGUGAGCGCCAUGCUGAAAGCCGUCACCAAGACGACGGGCAGCUGCCAUGUGUUUGGAGCACUGCCUAAACACAUGAGAAGACGUGCAAUGAGCCACAACACCAAGCGGCUCCCUCGCAGACUGAGAGAUGUGGCCAACAGAAUGCGGGAGAAGAGCCUCCAGGGCGGCUCAAAGAAGAAAAAAGAACAGGCAAAGAGCAAGAGCCGCAAGGCUCGCCGCCGGCAUGGGAAUCUGCUUCUGGAGUUUAACCGCAGACAGCGGAAGAACAUUUGGCUGGAGACGCACAUUUGGCAUGCCAAGCGUUUCCACAUGGUUAAAAAGUGGGGCUAUUGCCUCGGGGACAGACCCACAUACAAAUGCUACCGGCCUUGUUACAGGGCAAUGAGCAGCCACUGCCUGCUGCAGGACCUUUCUUACUACUGCUGCAUAGAGCUACAGGGAGAGGAAGACAAGUUGCUGGCUUCUCUAUCACAGCUGACAAGCAAGGAGAUUGGUCCCACAUUUGCUGCAGUGCUGAGUCUGUCAGGCCAAAGACAGGGCAGUGUGGUGAUGUACAGUGCGAGACAGUACCCGUUGCAGCCCCUGGGCCCUGUUACCUUCCUCUGGAGACCCCGUACACCAGGCUCAACCCACCGACAGCUGUGGAUUUGGGCUCAUCCCACUGUUAAAAAGGACCUUCUUCCUGAGUUACAAAGUGUGUGCCAGUGUUCUGAGGCAGUUGUUCCUCCAGUUGUUCCAGUGGUGACACCUACUAAGGUUGCUCCCACCCUAGAACCAGAGCCUAAUCCCGAAAAGACCACUGAGGCCAAGCAGGUCACUGGAACCAAGAGAAAGCGAACCUCUAAGGAUGCCAAUGGGCCUCCAGCCAAGAAGAUCCUGGGAGAUGGAACCAGAUCUCCUAACACCCCGGUUACCUGGAAGUCGAGCUCAACUGGAAUCGUUAUAAAUGAUCUCACGAUGGAGAUUGUUCGCUAUCGCCUGAUUGGACCUCAGUCCCAUUCUGUUCUGGCAGAAACUUUGGAAGCUGCUACGGACUGUGAUGAAAUGAGUAAAUCCCAGCCCUCUUCCCUCUGGUGGCCUGAGCACUGCAAAGAUGAAAACAAGAUGAAUCUGCACCAUCAACAAGCUGAGGUCUAUCGCUUACUGAAAGGCAUCUAUUCUACUGGAGAGCUCCCCUCAGGAACAGUGCUGGGUCUGACCGUAGAUGACCCCAGGCUGACGUUACCAACAAAGAAGGUUAAAGCUCUGCCCUGUGUAAAGCAGGCACAAGAGGUGAACGAGGGCAAGAGGAGGGAACUGAUGUUGCGAGGAGUGACUGAACUCUGCUGUCAGAGUUACCUUUGGGAGCAGUCUGUCCGUGAUAACGUCACUGAUAACAAAAUAUCAGAGCAGGAGUUGAACCGUAUGAGAAGUGAGGUGCUGGUGCCGGGCUCCAGGCUGAGCCCCACCCCCCUGCAGGGGAGAGUCCCAAUCCUGCUGGUUCAUCAGCCUGGUAAACAGGUGGGACAUGAGAUGAGCUCCUGGGGUGCUGGAUGGGACCUGCUGCUUCCUAAAGGAUGGGGCAUGGCCUUCUGGGUCCCACUGGUGUACAGAGGAGUUCGCAUUGGAGGGCUGAACAUGAGUCUGAAACACUCUCAGAAUAAAGGAGCCCCGCACUUCCCCCAUGAUUACCCAGACUGCCCUGCUGGAGUUCGUUUUCAGGAGGAGCAGGAGGCAGAGCUCCUGGACAAAUUCAAAAGGCGUCCGCCCACCAAAAGGACCAAUUACAUUAAACAUGGCUAUCUGGCACCGUUCCGUUGCCCAUGGCAACAGCUGGCCGAGGAGUGGGAGCUUAUCUCGGGGGAAGUGGGAGAGGAGAGGAAAGGAGACGGCCAGGCCCAAACCACAACAGAGGCUGACGCAGUGAUGGAGGAGGAGAUGACAUCCCAUGGAGAUAUAACCGUAACAAAGCCUCAGAGUCGUGUCACUGUACUGAGGAACAGAAAGUCACUGAGGCUGCUCUCUGGUUGGUGCAGACCUACGACAUCUAAAGGUCAAAGGCCAUGCCGCGUGGGCGAGGUGCCACCUCUCGAGCGUUCAGCUGCAACAUCGUUUCUAACAUCACAUGGAAUGAGUUUGGUGUGGGUGCGUCUGUCGCUGUUGUUCAAGGGCAAACCAGAGCUCCAUGCCAUGGUGUGUGUGCCAACUGCAGAGGACCUGCAGUUGCUGAAAAAAGGGCCUGGCCACAGCGGCCCCCAGGAGCCUCUGCACAGAGACCACUUUAAGAGCAGAAUUAAACGCAGUAAGAAGGGCCAUAAGAAAGCUGCUACUUCCUCUGAGCCUUCUAAGACCGGUGGCAAAGAGACGGACCUUCCCUCUGCCUCUGAACAAAACCCUACCACAUCUGAAGACCCCAAAUCAUCCUCCCAGUCUUCCUCGGACCUCAUCUUCGGGCUGUGGAUAGAUCCUCUGCCAAGUGUCACCUCUCACUGCUCCCGGGUGACUCUAGGCUGGGUCACUCAGGGCGACUUCUCCCUGUCUGCGGGCUGUGGGGAAGCUCUUGGGUUUGUCAGUGUUGCCGGUCUCCUUCACACCCUCGUCAACCAGCCACGGGAACACAGAGGAGUGCUGCUGCUGCGUAACCCCACCUCCCUACACUACCGCUUUGCUAAAAUCAACAUAGAGGUCUGAUUGAGCUUUAUGCAAAACUUCCGAAAAGCACUGAAUUUUUGGUUAAUGGAAAAAGAUCAUUAUGUCAGUAAGUCACACGAAGCUUCAUUAACUGUGUCAUCCCUGUGCCUUGAUCAGUGCUUUCUUGGACUGUGCCAUCAGUGUUGGUUGAAGACUAAAUGGCACGCAUGGGGCUUGACUACAGCCUACCUGGUAGUGCUGCUGAAAAGAGAAUUUUUAGUUGUGAGUAUUUUACUCUGGGAAGAGACAUCCUUAUUUUUUUUGCCUUUGUGCUCCGCAAAGGGAUCAUUUAAAUACUGCAAAUGAAUGAAGGCCUUGGUUUUAGUUGGAGAUUAGUUCAGCCUUUUUAACAACUA